AUGAAGGCUCCAAAGGUUAAAUCUGCUGCAAAGGAGGACAAGGUCCUUACCAAGGUCAAGGAGGGCGGUGUGAAGAAGUCUACCUCGAAGUCGAAGGUCCCUGCUGAGGUUGUCGCUAAGAAAGUUGAGAAGUUGAAGAAGAAGGCUCCUACUCCAUCCGAGAGCUCUGAGUCUGAGAGCUCCGAGAGUUCUGACAGCUCUGAGGAGAGUGAGGAGGAGGAGGAGAAGGCUGCUCCUGUCAAGAACGGUGCUGCUGCCGCUGACUCUUCGUCUGAAUCAUCUGACUCGGACGAGUCUGAAUCCGAGGACGAGAAGCCAGUCAAGAAUGGCGCCAAAGUCGCCAAUGGCAAGAAGGCCGACAGUGAGAGUGAGAGCGAGAGCGAGAGCGACGAGGAGGACAGCGAGGACUCUGAUGACGAGGAAGAGGUAAAGAAGGCUCCUAAGGAGACCAAGGCUGCCGUUAAGAAGGACGAAGACUCUGAAUCUGAGGACUCUGACGACUCCGAGGAGUCCGAGUCUGAUGAACCUGCCAAGGCAAAGAAGGAUGAUGACGAAGAGGAUGAUGAUGAGGAAGAUUCUGAUGACUCUGACUCCAGCGAGGAGGACGAGGAGAAAGAGGCUGAGAAGCCACAGAAGAAGCGCAAGGCCGAGGAAGAUGCCGAGCCUGUUGCUAAGAAGGCCAAGGUUGACGUUCCUGAGGGUGCCUCUGCCAACCUUUUCGUCGGUAACUUGUCCUGGAAUGUCGAUGAGGAGUGGCUCCGCUCCGAGUUUGAGGAGUUUGAGGGUGAGCAUAUCAACUUCUUAUUAAAUGUUAAGUCCUUGCUAACAAAGCUCAUCAGAUUCGGAUAUGUCGAAUUCGUCAAUGUUGAGGAUGCCGUCAAGGCUCAUACAGCUAAGAAGGACGCAGAGCUCGACGGCCGCAAGAUGAACCUUGACUACGCCAACGCCCGUGCCAACGGCAACGCAAACCCACGCGAGCGUGCUGACAACCGUGCCAAGUCCUUCGGCGACCAGACCAGCCCCGAGAGUGACACCUUGUUCAUCGGCAAUAUCUCCUUCUCCGCCGACGAGAACAUGGUCCAGGAGCUCUUCUCCAAGUACGGAGCGAUCCAGGGCAUCCGCCUGCCCACUGACCCUGAGUCUGGCCGCCCCAAGGGCUUCGGCUACGUCCAGUUCUCCUCCGUUGACGAGGCUCGCGCUGCCUUGGAGGCCGAGCACGGUGCUGACCUUGGUGGCCGUUCCAUCCGUCUUGAUUUCAGCACCCCCAGACAGCCUGGUGCAGGUGGUGACCGUGGUGGCCGUGGCGGUUUCGGUGGUCGUGGAGGUCGUGGCGGCCGUGGUGGACGCGGUGGCUUCGGUGAUCGCGGUGGCCGUGGCGGCGGUCGUGGAGGCCGUGGAGGCGCUGGAGCUUCCUUUGCUGGCAAGAAGACCACUUUCUAG